AUGACGAAGGGAAGUGGAGAACGAAGAAUGCAACCCACGGAAGAUAUAAAGAAAGAUGGGGACGCGUCAAGCGUAAGAAGAAGCAGUGAUAGUGAUAAUGAUCGUGCAAGUACUAGUGACAGCAAUAGCAGCGGGGACGAAACAUCUUCAGAUGAAGAAGUAAUAUUAAAGCCAGUUUUCAUCGAUAAGUUUCGCAGAGCGAAGACAGUAGCAUCAAAUGACAAGCGAAGCAGAGGGUUGGAUAGAAAUGAUAAAGCAUUAGUAGCAUCUAAGAUGGAUGCGAUGAGUCAACGAAGUACAGUUGAAAUGGAUGUCUUUGAUGGCGUGGAUGAUACCGACGAUAUAGACCCGGAAGGAGAUUAUGAGGCAUGGAAGAGACGGGAAAAGGAGAGAUAUGUACGCGAUAGAGCGCUUUUGGAAGCACAAGAGGCAGCAAAGAAUGACAAAUACCGAAGACUGAGGGCCGCAGAAGAAGCAAUUGCUGGUCAAGAGAUCAAGGCUGCAGAGUCUACUGAGCAGCGUGACGGACGACGUCCUCUUCACCGGGGAGCCUUUUUUAAUGAUGACGAGGAGAUCCAGUCUCGGUUCUUGAAGAGAGAUUACGAUGACGUGGAGGAUAAUAAGGACCAUUCACGUCCCACUAGACUUAAAUUUUAA